UAGAAAUUCCCUUGAUAAGAGAAGGAGCGGGAGGGGCUGCUGGUUUGAUGUCGCUGGAAGGAGAAGAAAAGGAGCAAGAGAAAUGCCUGGCUGGGAAAAAGGACAGCAGCCCUAGCGGCUACUGUUGGCUGUUGGAGAAGGAGAAGGCAACAAAAAAUGUUGCUGUUCUUUGAUGGAGAUGAGCAAGAAGCAGAGGGAGAAAAGGGAGAGGCGGCAGCAAGAUCCUGCCCUUAGAAGAGAAGGAGCGGGAGGGGCUGCUGGGUUUGAUGUCGCUGAAAGGAGAAGAAAAGGAGCAGGAGAAAUGGGGAAGAGGUUGGAGCUAGCCUACGGCUUCACCGAAGAGGAGAAAGGUUCUUCUCCUCCCUUACCUUGUUCUGUGGUGCUGCCCUCUUUCAACCGCAGCAGCUACAGGACAUUGCUGGGCAAAGGGAGAAAGAUUCUCUUCCUUCUUGUCUCAGUAGCUUUCCUUUUAUUUCUUCUUCCUUGUUUCAAUCAAUAGCAACAAAUAUUGUUGCUUGCUUUUGUUCCUCGCAACAAGCAUUGGUAUUUCUAUCACUCGCUCGUAUUGCCCAGACCAAGGGGAAUCAUAAGUGUUUCCUUAUCCAAUAUUCUCGAUCAACAGAGUUGUUGUCUGUCCAACGACCAAUUGGGGGUUCGAUUGACUUGAUUUGUUGUAUCAACAAAACACCUUCAUUGUUUUAUCGGUCGAAGGAAAUUAUGAGAUGGAACCACUCGAUGUCAAACUCUAUGAGAAAUACAAGAAUUUGAAGAAAAGAAAGUUCACAGAGGAGGAGGAGUGGAACCAUACAAGAGAUGCUGAAUCGAGAAGUUUUCAGUCUGCUGUGGAGGACUUGAUAGAAGAGUUGAAUAAAGAAAACAAGGGGCUUCAUCAACAGUUGGAUUCAUUUCAGGAGAAAUAUGAUGAAUGUAGAAUGUUACUGCUUGAAGAGGGCAAGAAAUCCAAAGAGCUCUCGGAUGAAGUUGAAAAACUUCAGAAUCUUUUAUUGAAGAAGAAAGAAAUGAAUAAUGCUCUGUUGUUUUCAUCUCCGUGUACAAGUUCUAAAGUUAGAUCUGAAGAAAUAUCUAAAAGCCCUCCAGGACAGAGAAUAACAGAAUCAUGUGGGGAAAAUGGAACUCAACACAAAGUGCUGACAGUCGUUACUUAUAAUAACAAAAAAACUGGUACCAGUAUGAAAGAAUACUACAAGAGAAACUUCAGCAGUCCAGGUAAGCAAUCAGAUGAUCGCAGCAAUUUCAUAUUCCAGACUCUUAUGAGGUUCUUAGUGGGCAUGGAUCUUUAUGUCGAUAAUCAAACUGAAAGCCCCUCAAUUUUGGUGGUUCACAAAACUAGUGGUUACAGCUUUAGCUUAACAUGGAUAUAACAUGAAGGUGAUGAAGGUGAGUGGAUGUAUCAUGUUUCUUCACUAGGGACUUUAGAGAGCAUAGCUUGGGAUUGGAUGAAGGAAGACAUCAUAUUUAGCGCAGUCAUGUGUCGUGAUUUCUUUGAAAGGGUAUCGCUCAUCAUCGGGCGAAUGUGACUAAGAUUCAUCUUUCAUGGAUGAAAGCCUUGGAACUCUAUACUUAAACAAUUAGCAGCAGGGUUCAGCAAAGUUAAGUACCAUUAACUUGUAGCGUUUUGUAUAAAGUUUCUACCACUAACAGAGAUCCGUGUUUCCAGAUUCCCACCUGUUUGUUCAGUUUUAACUUUGAAUGAUACGUAUUUGUUAUGUUUUAACUUCUGUUAUGCUGUCAAAAGGUGGGUC